GGAGCCUGAUGUCUUGGCGUGAGCUUCUUCCCCCUUCCCUGGUGAUCUUAGCUGGGCUGAUUGGGAUCCUGCUGCUUUGUGUCACCACUAAAGAUGUGCAGAACCCUCCCAGGUGCAAGUACGGCAUCGUGCUGGAUGCUGGCCCAUCCCGCACUACCCUGUUCAUAUACCAGUGGUCAGCCAGCAAAGAGAACAAUACGGGGGUGAUCAGUGAACAUAGCUCCUGUGCUGUGCAAGGUCCUGGAAUCUCCAGCUACUCCAGAUCCCCGGGGGAAGCUGGGAACAGUUUAAAGCUAUGCCUCGGCCAGGCAAUGAAGGAAAUCCCUAAGGAACAGCAUGACCAAACCCCUAUCUAUUUGGGAGCGACUGCUGGCAUGAGGCUGCUGAACCUCACCAGUCCCACUGUGUCAGAUACUCUGCUUGCCGCUGUCACCGCCACGCUGAAGUCGUACCCCUUUGACUUUCGGGGGGCAGAAAUUCUGUCCAGUCAAAACGAGGGGGUGUUUGGCUGGGUCACUGUUAACUAUCUUCUGGAGAACUUCAUCAAGUAUGGCUGGAUUGGGCGGUGGAGCCGCUCCAGGAAGGGAACAGUUGGAGUCAUGACCAUAGGAGAAGCCCCAACCCGGCUCACUUUCAAGAUCAAAGAAAGGAGCACAGAUCCUGAGAACGAAGUGACCCUGCGGCUGUACGGGCAAGAACACAGGGUCUACACCCACCACUUCCCGUGCUCUGGCACAGACCAGCUCCGCCAGAGGCUGCUCUUGAAAGCCAUACAGGACCACGGCUAUGUGAGAGAUGUGUCUAAUCCCUGCUGGCCUCUCUCCUAUCCCCGGGCGGUUCGGUUCGGUUCUGUGCAUGAUGGGCCCUGCACUGGAAGUAACGCCUCUUUAAGAACACCUACCUCUGAAGAUGUGUUUCAAGUAACUGGCUCCAGCAACUCUUCUGCCUGCAGGAAACUCAUGGGAAGUUUGUUCGACUCCUCCUUGUUCUGCGGCUUCUCACAGUGUUCCCUAAAUGGAGUUUUCCAGCCCAACAUAACUAGAUUUCAGGUGAUUUCCGAGGCUCUGGAUCUUGUGAAGAAGAUGACGCCCUCUACCGACCUGGGCCAGGCAGUCGACUCAUUCUGUGGGCUGUCUGUGGAAGAGCUGAGCAAGAGGUUUCAGAUGACACCAGACAGUCUUGCUGAUCACUGUUCCGUAUCCACGUUCAUCUACUAUCUAAGUACAAGGGGAUUCCUGUUUGAUUUGGACAGCUCUGGCCAGAUUACAUUCCAGGAGAAGGUUGGUAACCUAUCAGCUGGCUGGGCUCUUGGGUACAUGCUGAAUCUGACCAACACCAUCCCAGAGGAUAAGCUGAGCUCCCUGAAAGCGAUUGAAUAUGGGAUCUGGCCCUUGCUCUUUAUCCUCUUUGUCCUGAUGCUCACUGGCUCUUUCACGCGCAUCGCAUACCGUGUGAUGGCUAAGGACAACGGAGAGGACCGCAUCUUGGAAGGACUCUGACUGUUGUCCCAGGGGUUGUCAGCUCUCAGCAGAGGGCAAUUACAGGACCGAGAGAAUGAGCGCACACAAAGGAGCGUCUGGCCUAGGAGACGCUGCAGAGCUGUUGCAUAGGUGUCAGGAAAAGCUCUUUAGUGUUUAAUUUUUUUCAUCCAACCACUUCUCCAAGAGGCAAACAGCCAGAUGGGGUUUCCAGAGUUCAGUACGGCGUUGAGCCUCCCCACCAAGCCAGACAGGCUGUAAACAUGUCGCUUACACUAAUGCCAUAGAAAGUGCCUGGUAACUAGCCCUGAAUGCUGGGUACAUGCUGGUAGUUGUUUUCUGUGGCGCUCAGAAGGCAGAUCCCAGUGGAAGAGAUUUGGAUUUCAGUCCCUCCUAGAGGUACUCUGGGGUAUCUCCCUGGCUGUCAGUUACUCUGGAUUUGCACCUUGGUGGCUGAUAGCAGAAUCAAUUGGAAAUCUGGCCUUGUGCUCUUUUGAAACUCUGGCCCACAGAGACCACAGGAAUAGAAGCCAGAUCUUCCGAUUUCCAGUCCAAUGACCUAUCUGGUAGACCAGGAUUAAAGUUAAGCAGUUAGUUUAUAUUCCAACAUCCAAAUUUCCUUUGGAGCAUUGCAGUGAUACCUGAGCACUUCUAGUGUGGUGUGCUAGUCCAGCAUUCCUGGACCAUGGUGCUUCUGGGAAUAUCACAUCACAUCACUAGCCAAUCAUUGUCUCUGCUGUUUUACCAUCAUUCUUGGUACUAACCCUUCGUACACUGAUAUCAAUCCUAGGAAGAGACGGUGGUUCCCUAGGUCAGUGGUUCUCAACCAGGGAUACGCAGAGGUCUUCCGGGGAUACGUCAACUUAUCUAGAUAUUUGCUUAGUUUUACAACAGGCUAUGUGAAAAGCACUAGUGAAGUCAGUGCUAACUAAAAUGUCAUGCAAUGACAUGUUUAUACUUUUCUACAGGCUGUACACGGCAAUGUAAUACAAUAUUUAUAUUCCAGUUGAUUUAUUUUAUAAUUCCAUGGUAAAAAUGAGUUACUGAAAAUUGCUGACAGUGUGACGGUGACACUUUUUGUAAUUUUAUGAGUUUGUAAGCAAGGAGUUUUUAAGUGAGGUGAAACUUGGGGGUCGGCAAGACAAAUCAGCCGUCUGGAAAGGUUGAGAGCCCCUGCCCUCGGUAAAGCCAUGGGUACUUUCAAACUCUUGUAAAAGAGCCCAGUGCUAUUGAGGAAGAUGCUUUCAAAGAAAUGGAAAGGAUUAAAUAAAAUGAAAUAUAAUCCAUCA